AUGCGCAGCCAGGCCACUGUGCGUUUGGAAGAGAUCAUUCUCUCAGGAGACUGGCAUACCAUAGCCAUCGCCUCCUCCAACGAGAAGAAGAUCGAAGUGGAUGGGCCGCUGCGACUGUACAUGCGUCACCUGGAGUGCAGCAACGGAUGCGAGGAGCUGGCUGUCACCUUCUUUACCCACUUGAACGGGUUCUGUCAGAAGAUCACCACCUUUACCAAGCACAUCGGGAAUGGCACCUACCGGGUCCAUUAUGAGGGUGACAACAAAUUUGAAGUGAUGAAGCACACAGGAAACUGCAUUGCAUUUGGUAGUAUAAACAAGGAUCCUUUUGGCAAGUUCACCAAGCUGGUCUUCUUGGUUGGAAAGACCAGAGAACUGGAUGAAGAACAGAAGAAGAAGCUGGAGCAGGUCGUGGAGGACAAGGGCAUCCCCAAGGAGAACAUCAAAUAUGUCCUCAACACGGGUACAUUCACCGCGCUGCCUGGGGCACUAAUAUAUCAACCUCCUGAUAAUGCUUCAAUGUCAGUACACCACCUCUCUAAAGCAAGUAAAGUCAGAUAUCACGUCCUGUAUGAAUCAUUGCAACUAUCACACUGA